CCGCCCCGCCUCCAGGGUGCGAUGGGGGGCGGGCGGCGGGCAGAGCCUGAGCUGAGCCGCUCGGCGGACGCCGCCACCUGAUCCCAUCCCGGCGCGGGAGGCGAGCGGCGCUCGGUGCGCAGGGCCCGGCGCGGACCGCAGCGGAUCCAGGAAAGGGGCUGGAGGGAGCGGCGACCCCCGCCACCGGGACGGAGGCAGAGCCCGCGCGCCUCUCCGGAACACUGGCCCUGCUACCGGAGCCUCAGGAGCCCCCAUGAGGGCCGGCAGUGGGUGUCCUGGAUAGCGAGACCUGGCUGGUCCAGGGCGGGCACGCUGUCAUGCCCAUCCUCCCGCGCCUGCAGCAGGCCACCAAGAUGAUGAGCCGCAGGAAAAUCCUGCUGCUGGUGCUGGGGUGCAGCACCGUGAGCCUCCUCAUCCACCAGGGUGCACAACUCAGCUGGUACCCCAGGCUGUUCCCCCUGAGCUGCCCGCCCCUGCAGGACUCGCCGCCGCGCCCCAAGCACCUGACGGUGGCCUUCCUGAAGACGCACAAGACGGCGGGCACGACGGUGCAGAACAUCCUGUUCCGCUUCGCCGAGCGCCACAACCUGACGGUGGCGCUGCCGCACCCGCGCUGCGAGCACCAGUUCUGCUACCCGCGCAACUUCUCGGCGCGCUUCGUGCACCCGGCCACGCGGCCGCCGCACGUGCUGGCCAGCCACCUGCGCUUCGACCGCGCCGAGCUCGAGGGCCUCAUGCCGCCGGGCACCGUGUACGUCACCAUCCUGCGCGAGCCCGCCGCCAUGUUCGAGUCCCUCUUCACCUACUACAACCAGUACUGCCCGGCCUUCCGGCGCGUGCCCAACGCGUCGCUCGAGGCCUUCCUGCGCGCGCCCGAGGCCUACUACCGCGCGGGCGAGCACUUCGCCAUGUUCGCGCACAACACGCUGGCCUACGACCUGGGCGGCGACCCCGAGCGCAGCCCGCGCGCCGACCCCGCCUACCUGGCGGGCCUCAUCCGCCGCGUGGAGGAGGUCUUCUCGCUCGUCAUGAUCGCCGAGUACUUCGACGAGUCGCUCGUGCUGCUGCGGCGCCUGCUGGCCUGGGACCUGGACGACGUGCUCUACGCCAAGCUCAACGCGCGCGCCGCGGGCUCGCGCCUGGCCGCCGUGCCCGAGGCGCUGGCGCGGGCGGCGCGCGCCUGGAACGCGCUGGACGCCGCGCUGUACGCGCACUUCAACGCGUCCUUCUGGCGCCGCGUGGCGCGCGCCGGCCGCGCGUGCGUGGAGCGCGAGGCGCGCGAGCUGCGCGCGGCCCGCGAGCGCCUGCUGCGCCGCUGCUUCGGCGACGAGCCCGCGCUGCGGCCGGCCGCGCAGAUCCGCACCAAGCAGCUGCAGCCCUGGCAGCCCAGCCGCAACGUGGACAUCAUGGGCUACGACCUGCCCGGCGGCAGCGGCGCCAGCCCGGCCAGCGAGGCCUGCCUCAAGCUGGCCAUGCCCGAGGUGCAGUACUCCAGCUACCUGCUGCGCAAGCAGAAGCGCCGGCUGGCGGCGCGGCCCCGGCCCCAGCCCGUCCUGGACAACCCGCCGCCGCCGCCGCCGCCGCGGCCCAUCCGGGCGCUGCCCCGCGGCCCGCAAGGCCCCUGAGCUCCGGGAGCCAGGCUGGGGGCUGCCUCCAGGCCCUGCCCAUCAGGACCCACUUCCGAGGGGCCUAAGCCCCACGUUGUAAGGGGAAAGGGGGAGAAGGGGUGCCUCACCCUAUCCA